CGUCUUGGGAGUCAAUCACACGGCAAGUGAACCGUCCACACACACUGUGCUCUACCCGGCCAGCAGCCAGAGACGAUGCCUCUGAGGAGGUGACCACCGCCUGAUACUCAAACACGUUUCCCCGGCUAUGGAAAACAAAUCAAUCUGAUCAUAAUCAGAUAAAACAUGGCUUCUAUUUGCAGUCGCCCGAGGAGGAGGUGAGAGCGGCGGCGGUGGAGGCUCAACAUAGAAGUGCUUUUCUGGGAGGUGGAGGGAGGGCGGCACACGGCGCUCUCUUGUCUUGUAAGAGGAUAAAGAAGAAAGGGAAAUCAAGCUAUUUUUAAGCGGACUGCUAAGGGCCAUCCUCCGGUGACACCAUGACCAGCGGGCCGGAUGAGAGCUCGGUGCGCGUCGCCCUGAGGAUUCGUCCUCAGUUGGCCAAAGAGAAGAUCGAGGGCUGUCACAUCUGUACGUAUGUGAUGCCCGGGGAGCCACAGGUGGUCCUGGGUAAGGACAAGGCCUUCACUUAUGACUAUGUCUUCGACAUGGACACCCAGCAGGACACCAUCUACACCCACUGCACCGAGACGCUCAUCGAUGGUUGCUUUGAGGGCUACAAUGCCACAAUCUUUGCAUACGGACAGACAGGUUCGGGGAAGACCUACACCAUGGGAACUGGCUUCGACGUCAGCAUCGGUGAGGACGAGCUGGGUAUCAUUCCCCGGGCCGUCAACCACCUGUUCCGAGGGAUCGAGGAGCGCAGACAGGCUGCCACUGAGCAGGGCAGGCCUGUUCCUGAGUUCAAGAUCAACGCUCAGUUCCUAGAGCUGUACAACGAGGAGGUGCUGGACUUGUUCGACUCGACGCGAGACAUCGAGGCCAGGAAACAGAAAUCCAACAUCAAAAUCCACGAGGAUGCCAAUGGAGGCAUCUACACCGUGGGGGUCACCACUCGCACCGUCACCUCUGCUGCAGAGAUGAUUCAGUGUCUGAAGCUUGGCGCUCUGUCUCGAACCACUGCCAGCACCCAGAUGAACGUCCAGAGUUCACGUUCCCACGCCAUCUUCACCAUCCACCUGUGCCAAGUUCGAGUCUGCUCACCUGAUAACAAUGAUAACGUAACAGACAACCGUCUAGCUAACAACUCAGAGAUUAAUGAGUUUGAGACACUGACAGCCAAAUUCCACUUUGUGGACCUUGCUGGUUCAGAGAGACUGAAGAGAACUGGGGCUACAGGUGACAGAGCGAAAGAGGGCAUCUCCAUCAACUGUGGGCUGCUUGCUCUGGGAAACGUCAUCAGUGCUCUGGGAGACAGGAGUAAGCGCUCCACUCAUGUGCCUUACAGAGACUCCAAACUGACCCGGCUGUUGCAGGACUCACUAGGUGGCAACAGUCAAACAGUGAUGAUCGCCUGUAUCAGCCCGUCAGACCGGGACUUCAUGGAGACCCUGAACACCCUGAAGUACGCCAACCGCGCCCGAAACAUCAAGAACAAGGUGAUGGUGAACCAGGACCGAGCCAGCCAGCAGAUCAGCGCCCUGAGGACAGAGAUAGCACGACUGCAGAUGGAGCUGAUGGAGUACAAGACGGGUAAGCGUAUGGUUGGUGAAGAUGGCAUGGAGGGCAUCAAUGACUUGGUCCAUGAGAACUCCAUGUUACAGACUGAGAACAAUAAUCUGAGGGUGAGGGUGAAGGCCAUGCAGGAGACCAUCGACGCCCAGAGAAGCAGACUCACACAGAUCCUCAGUGACCAUGCCAACCAGGCCCUCGCCAAAGCAGGUGAAGGCAAUGAAGAGAUUGGGAACAUGAUUCAGAACUACAUCAAAGAAAUCGAGGAGCUCAGAGCCAAACUUCUUGAGAGUGAGGCUAUGAACGAGAACCUCAGGAAGAGCCUCUCUCGGGCUUCCACUCGCUCCUCGCUGUAUGGCGGCCCCGGCUCCUUCUCCACCUCCCUCCUGGCACCCGAGAAGGAGGCCAGCGACGUCAUCGAGAUGGCCAAGAGGGAUCUACAGAAACUCAAGAAGAAGGAAAAGAAGAAGAAAAAGAGUGUUGUCAAAGAAGUCCCGGAUAAUGACCAGGAGCGAGGCACCGAGGAAGCAGACGUGGAGGGCAGCGACCACGAAGAAGGCGAGGAUCCUGAUGGGGAGGAGGAGGACUUUGACAUGGCGGGAGAAGACACGUCUGAGGAGUCUGACUCCGAAGAACUGGAGGAGAAAGAAAAUGUGCAGGCCGACCUGGCAAACAUCACCUGUGAGAUCGCCAUCAAGCAGAAGCUGAUAGACGAGCUGGAGAACAGCCAGCGGCGUCUGCACACUCUCAAACAGCAGUACGAACAGAAGCUGUCGAUGCUGCAAAACAAGAUCAGAGACACACAGCUAGAGAGGGACAAGGUGUUGCACAAUAUGGGUUCAGUGGAGACAUGUACAGAGGAGAAGGCAAAGAAGAUUAAAGCAGAGUAUGAGAGGAAGCUGAGCUCCAUGAACAAAGAGCUGCAGAAGCUCCAGUCAGCUCAGAAGGAGCAUGCCCGCCUGCUGAAGAACCAGUCCCAGUACGAGAAACAGCUCAAGAAACUCCAGCAGGACGUGACCGAGAUGAAGAAGACCAAGGUGGUGCUGAUGCGUCAGAUGAAGGAGCAGCAGGAACGCAACAGAGCCACAGAGUGCAGGAGGAACCGAGAGAUCGCCUCUCUGAAGAAAGACCAGCGCAGAGCUGAGCACCAGCUGAAGCAGAUGGAGGCUCAGAAGAGACAACAGGAAUUGAUCCUGCGCAGGAAGACUGAAGAGGUGACAGCGCUUAGGCGGCAGGUGAGGCCUGUGUCUGGCAAGACGACCAGGAAGGUGAGCUUACCUGAACCUCUUCAGGAGCAGUCGCAUCGAGCCGCCCCAGGAAGGCUGCAGUCCGCUGGGGCGUCCCACUCCAAUGGAGCCAGGAGUUCUCCAGUGCGGAUGGGAAGCAUCUACCUCAACCGGACAGCCAGGACCAAAUGGCAGUCACUGGAGAGACGCAUCACUGACAUCAUCAUGCAGAGGAUGACCAUCUCUAACAUGGAGACGGAUAUGAACCGACUGCUGAAGCAAAGGGAGGAGCUGACCAGGCGGAGGGAGCGAGUUUCCAGGAAGAGAGAAAAGAUGGCAGUGGAGGGGGCGGACGCCGACCGCUCACUGGCCUCCCUUAACGAGGAGCUAGAGUCUCUGAGCGCCAACAUCGACUACAUCAAUGACAGCAUCGCAGACUGCCAGGCCAACAUCAUGCAGAUGGAGGAGGCCAAGGAGGAAGGAGACACAGUGGAUGUUACCGCGGUGAUCAGCUCCUGUAAUCUAUCAGAGGCUCGUUUCCUUCUGGACCAUUUCAUGACGCUGGCCCUCAAUAAGGGUCUGCAGGCGGCUCAGAAGGAGUCCCAGCUGAAGGUGAUGGAGGGCAGGUUGAAGCAGACGGAGAUCAACAGCGCUACCCAGAACCAGCUGCUGUUCCACAUGCUGAAGGAGAAAGCUGAGAUCAACCCUGAGCUGGACGCCCUGCUGGGCAGCGCUCUGCAAGAGAAUGGAGAUGACAGCAGCAGUGAUGAGUCCACCCCCAGCCCAGCCACAGAGGGCAGCACACUGGCAUCAGAUCUAAUGAAGUUAUGUGGUGAAUCCAGACCAAGAAGUAAGGCUCGCAGGCGGACCACCACCCAGAUGGAGCUGCUUUACGCCGGCAGCGGGGAUCCAUCCUGUGAAUCCCCCACUGGAGACUUUUCGGCCCCUUUGCUCCCCCUCACAGAGCGCCUGGAAGGCCUGGCAGACAUGCAGGGUCAUACGGCUGGUCAAACCCCUGACCGCGAACAAACUGUUUCCCCAUCUGCACUGUCUGCCAGGCCAGCUGGCAUUUCUGGUUCCAGGUCACCUACAGGGACUGAGAGGAGGCAGCUAGAACGCUCACCCCUCACCCGAAGGAAGAUGCAAGAGAAAGGACCGACAGCGACACACAUCCCAGCACCCACACACACACCUCCGGUCAGCACAGCAGAGACGAAAACUAAAGGCAGUGACUACAAAUCGAUGUUAGAGGAGUCACCUGUAUUUGAAGGCCACAGAGGUGUGAUCAACCCUGUGACGACCCCUAAGAACAGCCGAGGGGCCAAAUUUCAGUGCGUCUAUGUAGCCGAGGGCCACACCAAACCAGUUCUCUGUGUGGACGCCACUGAUGAUCUGCUCUUCACAGGGUCCAAAGACCGAACAUGUAAGGUGUGGAACUUGGUGACAGGUCAGGAGAUCAUGUCUCUAGCAGAGCAUCCCAGCAGUGUCGUCUCAGUCAGAUACACUUCCAGCCUCGUCUUCACAGUUUCCACUGCUUACAUCAAAGUCUGGGACAUUCGAGAUUCCGCCAAGUGCAUACGCACUCUCACGUCGUCAGGCCAGGUGGGCUCAGGGGACACCUGUUCAUCAGUCAGGAGUUUAUCCAUCCCACCAGGAGAGAGUCAGAUCAACCAGAUCGCACUCAACCCCUCUGGCUCCUUCCUAUAUGCUGCUGCUGGCAAUGCUGUGCGCAUGUGGGACCUCCGCAAGUUUGCGUCCACGGGGAAGCUGACUGGCCAUUUGGGACCUGUCAUGUGUCUGACUGUUGAUAAGUUGGGUGGUGGACAGGACAUUGUGCUCACUGGCUCCAAAGACCGCCAUAUUAAAAUGUUUGAGGUGGCAGAAGGUGCUCAGGGUAGCAUCAGCUCCAGCCAUACAUUUGAGCCUGCCCAUCAGGACAGUGUGGAGUCUGUGGCCGUGCACGGAGACGUUUUCUACAGCGGCUCCAGAGACUACUACAUCAAGAAGUGGGACUUGGCCAGUAAACAGCUGCUACAGCAGUCGGUCAGUGCCCAGGCAGAUUGGGUUAGUGCUCUGGGUGUGGUGCCAGGCUGUCCGGUGCUGCUGAGCGGGUGCAGAGGAGGGCUGCUGCGCCUCUGGCAUGCUGACUCACUAGCACCCCUCGGCGAGGUCCGGGGACAUGACAGUCCCAUCAACGGCCUGGCCACCAACAGCAGCCAACUGUUCACCGCUUCUGAUGACCGCACUGUGAAGAUUUGGGAAGCCAAAGGAUCUCUGGAAGAUGGAGUUCACUGACUAAUCAUUGACGAAUCAUCUACUGGCCUUCACCCAAUCAAAACCAAACAUUCAUCUCCUAUAACUUGGUGAAAUCUUGUAUGGGAACCCAAAGUGGGUCUGGGACCUGAAACUGGCAAAUUUAGUCUAAUUAAAUGUAACUUCACAGUCUUUCAAGCUGAAUGCAGUUACUGAUAUUUUAGGUCAAGAUGGAUCACCACAAACCCAGUGGAGUCUCAUAAGUCUCCAGUAGGACCACAGAACAGCUGCAGUGGACAGCUGUUCUCACAACUGCAAGAGACAAUGAUAAAAAUGAAAGUAAAAAUAUGGAUCCUGGA